AGCGGUUCAGAACGCAAUCCGCGCUUGGCUCCAGGUGCGACCCCGGUUUCUUCAGUGUCCGCCGUGGUGCCCGUUAUCUGGUAGCGUCACUCAGUGGCAGGUAGGUGGGCACGCAAGGUGGGGCCCGUCCAGUGUCGCCGUUUUCUAUCCACCGCGUGCUGCGUCCGCUGGUCACGGUCCGAUAGCUCGCUGUUGGGGUCCUCCAUAUCGUGUCCGUGGUGGUGCGCGCCAACGUCGACGGAACGUGAAACCCGUUUCGUGCGGGAGAAAUUCUUGGGUGCUGUGCUUUGAGGAAUCUGCCACCGUCCGUCCUAGUUGAGGGGGAGAAGAGGAAUUCUGUCAUCGCCUGCCAUUUGAAGAUCCGGUUUGUUAUUGUUGUUAUUGUGGAAGGUGGCAGUGGCCACGGUGGUUGACGCAAGAGAAAGACCAGUCCGGUCGGCAGGUAGCUGAGCGGUAGAGUAGGCUCCUUCAGUGGAAACCCGGAACGGGAAACGGAAGGGCGUACAGUUUUCAUCCUUUUGUGAGUGAGUUUUGCGUGGGGGAGGCAUUGCCGCGUCCGUUCGUUAUCUUCUGCGACAGUUGUCGACUGGAUUAUAAGCAGCAUAAAUAACGAAGUUUACAUGCUACGAGGCAAUUGUUGAAAUCGCACGUUCCUCUGGCUGAAAUUCUACUCUUUAGGAGUGUUUAUUGUUAUAGUUGAAGCUGUUUUGCUACUGUUCCCACCGAAGUGAGUAGAACACGUCGAUUGAGAGCGCUGACUACAGCAACAAGCCAAAUCCGUGAAACUUGAGUUUCGAACCCCACGGCUAGCCCGACAGACGCCAAUUCACCGCAGUAGGGGGAUCGCGUGCCAGGCGGAAGAAACAACAAGUGCUAGAACCCGUCAAUCAAAUUAGUAAAACCCACCGAAGAAAGGAUUCGUUAACCUAAACCAGCUAUCAGGAGGUGAAACAGCUGCAAGUGAAUCUGAUCUGACACCUUCGCAGUUAAACAUUUGUGAAUAUUUCCGUCGUUUCAAUUUUAGAACCCAAAAUUCCAGCUCGCCUGAGUGUGUCGUAAUCAGUUGUAUCCCUUUUUGCUCUUCGUGCAAAAUCUCCGGAAACAGCGUCCACAGUGUGGUGUGUUCGGUGCUGUAGUGAAGGAAAAAUCGGCCCCAAAGUGAGCGCGUGGUUAUGUAAUCAAAGGAAGAGGCUGAGUGCAAACAGGAAGAAAGCAGGCCACGGCCGUCCAGUCAGCCAGCAGGGAUAAGUUGAAACGUGGAAGGCGCGACCGUGGAAGAGAUUUUUAAAGCGCAGUGUUGAGGGUCCCCGAUGAGUGGAAUUGUUGGGUAAUAGCUACAUAACACGAUUUACUGUUGUUUUUGUUGGGGAGCUUUGGAAAAAAAAACAGGUUACGGAAGUUGGUGUUUUGAAGUCUGAGAAAGUGAAGUGGUCGUGCCAAAAUUGACUUUAGACGCUUGUGAACGCGUGCAGGUGCGGCGUUCAAUGGGAAGAUUCCUGCUCUGUUAAAGAAAAUCCAUCCAGCGGCGGCAUGUGGAAACAGCGGUGGUGACUUCCAUCGAACAGGCCACCCCCUCCCCACCUCCGGGCAAAGUGUCCAACCCAGCCCGUCGUCGUCCCACGUCCGUCAACCCAUUUUCCCGGUGCUGCUGUGUUAUCCUUUCCUGAGGGUGGUGUUAGCGUGUGAAGCGGCCGUUCCGUCGGCUGGUGUUUAUUUUUUACCGGAAGAGCAACCCGUCCCACCGGAGCGGAUCGAAUCGGAUUUCGAGAGAUUUCGUCGUAGUUUGAGAAGAGGGAAAGUGGAAUAAUUCCGUUCGGGGGCGUUGUGUGUGUAUUUUGGGCAGAUUAGUGUGAAUAAGGCGGCGCAGUACCGGAGCAUCAGCGGCAGACAGACGGAGGAGCAGCAGCAUCAAUAAUGGGCAAGAAAAACUCCAAGCUAAAGCAGGACACGAUCGAUCGGCUCACGACGGCAACAUACUUCACAGAAAAGGAAAUUCGACAAUGGCACAAAGGAUUCCUCAAAGACUGUCCCAACGGGCUGCUGACAGAGCAGGGUUUCAUCAAAAUCUACAAGCAGUUCUUCCCGCAAGGUGAUCCGAGCAAGUUUGCCUCGCUGGUGUUUCGAGUGUUCGACGAAAACAAUGACGGGUCAAUCGAGUUUGAAGAAUUCAUCAGAGCGCUAUCAAUCACAUCGAGAGGCAACCUGGACGAGAAACUACACUGGGCGUUCCGAUUAUACGAUGUUGACAACGAUGGUUUCAUAACGAGGGACGAAAUGUACAACAUCGUCGACGCUAUCUAUCAGAUGGUGGGUCAGCAACCACAGACGGAGGACGAGAACACCCCGCAGAAGCGGGUGGACAAGAUCUUCGAUCAGAUGGACAAAAACCACGACGACCGGCUGACGCUGGAGGAGUUCCGCGAGGGCAGCAAAGCCGACCCACGUAUCGUCCAGGCGCUCAGUUUAGGCGGCGAUUAACCGAACGACGACUCGCGGGAUCAGGCGCCACCCCCGCAGCGGUCGUACCAGUACGACGAACAGCACAAUAUCGAACUGCAGCGGACGCCCAGCAACGUCUACUAGAGGUAGGAUAUUCCGAGCUAGAGAAAUUCGUAGUCGUUACGAGAGAACCGGGAGUGAGAAAUGGUCGGAAGGGAAGGAAUGUUAUGGUAAGCGCCUCUACCUGCGAGGUUAUGUUCGAUUUACGUUCGCUAGCUUUGACAGCUGUCAACCCCGUGACGUUCCGUUAUACACAACAAAGCAAACAUGCAUUUAAUUCGUAUCCUAAUCAAAGAAAGUUCUUCACUAUUUUCCCUAUUCUAGCCUAAGCCUUUUAAUGACUGUUUUUUGCUACCAAAACGAACGAAGUGAAGCGUGGAACUUUUUGUGACAAAUUGAAAACUUGAAAACAAUCGAAUAGCAUUUAUCAACCUUUAAAUCAAGUAACAUUUAACUAAGAAAAAUCUUCUGAUCAGUAUAGGGAACUGCUUCUUCUAAUCAAGUACUUUAAACAGAUUUAAAAUUGUGAAAUCAAGAAUUGUUACCAUACUCUAGUAUAAUACGCGCAAUCUGACAAGUGAACUCAAAGUUUAAACAUUUAUGCUAACUCAAACCAAAACAAAGCGUUCAGCGCAAUCAGUAAAGCUAGUUAAAAAGUAGAAAAAUCUAAAUGUUGGUUCAGUUUUUUGCUUGGCUGAUGAAGGCGAGGAUGGAAGAAGACAUCGAAUUCGACAGAGAGCUGGUUUGUAAAAAAAACCUUUCAAACACACAUCCAAACUAUCAAUCACAACCGUCAAAUUAGAUUGGAAGCGUAAACAUUGCACACACACUCAUAUGACAAUUAACCCACACACAAAAUUCAAAACUUUGCACCCAGUUUACAGUUAUUUACAGUGAAACGUCUCAGAGACAAACAGAUCCUUAUUUACAAUUCGGCAGCAGCGGGAGCUAAACACAAGCAGAACAUAGCAAAAGUCGCAAACAUUGCAAAAUUAUGACUGCUUAUUCGUAAGUGUGUAAAUUUGGGACAAGGAAAAAUGCCAAAAAUACAAACAGUCUUAAAUAAAAAAAAUAAAUCUAGUCUAGAAAUUUAACAGCUGCGAACGUGCGUUGGAAAAGAAACCAACCGCGUUGAAAGACAGCAGCACAGCCUGUAAAAAAGCAUUAUUUGUUAUCAAAUUUUAACUAAUAAAAUAACAAAGUGAACGCAGUGACAGAAUAUUGAUAUUAAAAACAAAAAAGCUAAUUCUAUUGUUGUUAUUGAAAGUAAAAAACCAUGUAAACAAACAGUGAAAUUAUUAUCGCAAAAAAAGAAAAAUAAACCAAUCGGGAAAUGUCAAACAAAAUCAAAAACAAACGCGAUUCGUUGUCAUGGAGAUAGGCACUGUAAAAAAUAUUAGAUUGAAAAGGAAGUUACGAAAAAAAUGAAAGCAAUAACUUAAACAAAGACACACAAACGCCAGCAGCAGGCGUAAUCGAAAGCAUUCGAAUAUAAUUCACUUUUUAACCGGGAAGUAAGAACAUAUUUGAGCCGCGUGUAAUUUGAAUCUCGUGUUGUUAGGAAUGUAUCGAAAUAAUAAAACACCAAAUGAAAGAGCGGCGGGUUUGAAGAUUUAUACGUGUUGUGUUGUUAACAAGUAAUUCGUUGAGCCGCAAGAAUGAUCCCCUUUCCUGACAGCGAAAUAAAGACAAGUCAUCAGCAGAAAAAAAAAUAAAGACCGAGAACAUUGACACAUAAAUUUGAUUGUUCAGAAGCAAAACGCAAACCCGAUGAGGAAAAGCAAUUCGAACGGGCAACAAUUGGGCUAUUUUUUACCGAAUGCACAAUAAGCAGUUGAGAGUCGCAGUAACGAUGGUAACUAGACAAGUAACAGUAACAAAAAAAUCGUGAUUAAAAACAAGAAAUAAAACAAGGCAAACAUUUCCGUCUCAGUGCAAUGUUGAACAAAAGCACGAAAUGAACAAAAAUUCACAUAGCACAUCUAACCACAUCGCAGGUUGAAAACAUGAACGAAAAAGUCACUCGAAUGUUAGAACAUUGUUUUGACAGUGCGGAGGGGUUCAAAGGGGCAGUUCUGAGCAUGGAAAACAGCUGUCGAUCGCCUUUGUUGUCGAACUUAAACGUGAUUUGAUUCUUUCUGCUUUGGAUUGGCCACGUCCUUGCAAAUGUUGAAGAGUAUUGUUAUGGAAACGAUUUCAGAAGCACAAAUCCCUGAUAGUCAAAUUUCGUAACCAAUUGUCUGGUAUUUAAAUGUUGACGAAAAUUGUGAUUUGCCUAAUUACAUUACUCUUUCUAAUUUGCGAAUCGUUUGGAAGCGAAAUGGCUUUCCAUCCAUAGUAAAAUCCGUCUACAAGGCGGAUCAGUCCGACUAUCGCUUCUCCUGGUGCUCGCACGGCUGCUGCGCUGCCAAGAGUAGUGCAGUGGUGGUGCAAUCGCACUUUAUGUCGCGACAAAGAAAAAUCUUCAACAAAGGCAAAGGCAGCAAGCAGUGCAGCAGCGGUAGCGGGAGCGAAAUUGAUUGAAAAAUAUUUAUUGUGCGCGUUAUACUUCCGUCUUUUUGCAAUUUAAACGUUCUGCUCCGAAGAGGGUACGGAAAUUGAGUAAGAAAGGCAGAAAAACAAACCCCUUGCUCCCAGACGGCUCCGGUUGAGGGAGACGGAGUUUUCUUUUAUUGACGAAACUACGGAAAUCGAUGAAUGAAUAGAAUUCCAUUGAAGUAAUACCGUCGUCAGAUGAGUGUUCAGUUUUCCGGGCAAACCGGAAUGCCGGCACGGCGAGGGAGUAAGGGACCGAAGAAAUAAAUUACGAAACUUAAUACAAAUCCACUCGACGGUAGGUUGGGCGCCAUUCCUCCUUCUGUCUAGAGAUUAUUCUUACCGGGUAACAAUGACUCGGUUAAGCCCGGCAGUCACUCGAUUUUCUUGAUAAACCGUCCCAUAAUCUGUGACGACAGCACAGAGGCAUUCAUGGAUGGAGCGGCGUGGAAAGCCAUGAAGUGUGGUUGCUUAUUGCGGACGGAAGCGAAAGAGUUCGGAUUUGGAAUGGCGCUGGGAAUCUAUUUUUCUUGCAAUCGGAUUUCGAUCGACUUCUUCGCUAUCUACGCUACGUACCUUUUAGGUCACCGGGAGAGGAGGUUUGGCGCAAAAAAAAAGCUUCCUUGCACCGAUUUCAACCCACCCGCGCUAAGAUUGCGAAUAUAAUGGAAAUGCAUUGGGCGCCAUAUUACCGCCGCCCACCGUGUUGCGUUGCUGCGAGUUGCGGUGUGUCAACAAGGCUGCAUUCGUCGGUCGGUUGCUGGCGAUAGUGGUCUUGAUGAUUGUCGUCGUCGCCUUCCCCAUAGCUUUCAAUAAAUGAUUCAUUCUCUCGUUAUCGACUUGCUGGGAGAGGAAUUUUUAAUGCACUUUUUAUCGAGUAGCUAUGCUUUGUACAGCGCAGCGGUUUGGAUCUGGGGAGCAUUAAAGUUUUGUAACAUAAGUAGUAAAAUUGGCGACCCCUUUGUAGUGCGCUCGGAUGGUGGGUGGAUAAUAAAGUAUGAGUGGUAAACGAUAAGCACGGAGCCAUUCGGCGAGUGAUGGUCGUAAAAAUAUUUGAAUUUGAAAUUGCAGACCUCAUAAUGCAACGUACACACCAGUCAAGCAGUUCGACGAACAUUGACUCCACCCCCAAGAAAACGCUUCGGUUGCUGCUUUGUUGGAACGUGUGUGAAGUUGUUCGAACAACCAUUUGACAGUUGGCGGCUCGGUUGGAAAAAAUUAAAACGGUUUGAUUUUGGUUUGAGUUGUCAGGGGUGGAGUCAAGGUUCGCCGAACAUGUUUGAGUAUUUGUAGUGAAGUUGCACAAACCCCCAUAUAUUUUUUGAUGGUUGGUGCUCAAGUUAGCGCUCCGGUCGUUCGUGUGUGAUAUUGUUGGUCGAAUAAAUUGAUUGUUCGUGCCGCUGUUGGUAGAACUUGAUGGAUGUUGGAACAAACGAGAGGUGGAGUCAAUGUUGGUCAAACUGCUUGACCGUGUGUACGUUCCAUAAUGUGCGGUUGGCUGUGGCACCAGAGAAGCAUUUAUUGUGUUUUGCUGUGGUCGUAAAUUUAGUGACUUUCAAAACUAUUAAACUAUUCUAUGAUUCAUUGGUGUCAGAGUUCAGAAAAAUUAUUAAUGCAGACAUCAGAAGCUCACGCGAUACGAGUUUGACUUCUUUUCAAAAUGUUUUCUUUUUUUUUCAUUAAGGAACCACAUGGUCUUCGUUCGACUUUAUUUUCAGAUUUGACCCUUUAAAAAUCCGGUCGGAAUACUCUCCAUAAUCCCGUUUAAAUCCUUUCUGGUUUCUACUAAGAACCCCUCCUACGGGAUUCCGGAUGAAAUCUGUUUCGAAACCCGGUAGGGAUUUUACCUGCAAUCCGGAGAGAAUGUUGAUAACCAUCCGGAAAGGUAUUCCGACCAGAAGUGACUUCGACCGGAAUCCGUGACUGGAAUUUGGAAGAAAUUCCAAACGGAAUCCGAAAGGCAAAUCUACCAGAGUCCGGGCAUAAAUCUGACAGAAAUCCGAAAAGAAUUACGACUGUAAUUCGAAAGACGUUCUGACCGGAGGCGAUGGCCGGAAGGAAUUCCGACCGCCUUUCGGAAAGAAUUCCGAACAGAAUGCAGGAAGCUUUCCGACCAGAGUCCGGAUAGUAUUCUAACCGAAAUUGGAAAGACAAUCCGACCAGAAUACUGAAGGCAUUGCCACCUGAAUCUGAAAGGCAUUCCGACUAGAAUCCGGAAAACAUCCCCAGCUGAGUCCGAAAGGCAUUCGAAUCGGAAUUUGAAAGGCAUUCCGACCGAAACCCGAAAGGCAUUCCGACCGGAAUCUGAAAGACAUUUAAAACGGAAUCCGGAAAGCACUAAGAUCCGAAUCCGUGAAGAAUUCCAAUCGGAAUUCAGGAGGAAGUUCCGAUUGAAAUACGGAAGGGACUCCGACCGGAAUCCGAAAAGUUUUCCGACCAGAUUUCAGAUGGCAUUUUGACCGAAACCUGGAGAGUAUUUUGAUUGACAUUCUGAUCGGCAUCCGUAAGUGUUUCCAACCAGAAUCCAGAAGCAAUUAUGUCCGGAAUCCGUUAGGAAUUCCCAACGGAAUUCGGAAGGAUUUCCGACCAUAAUUCUGAAGGAAUUCCAACCAGCAUUCGGAAGGAGUUCCAAACGGAAUUCGGAAGAAAUCCUAAAUCCUAAAGAAAUUCCUAUCAAAAUUCGGAAGUAA